AUGCUACGAACCAAAGCUACGACCCCGCCUGCGUCGUCGACGGCUCGGGUAAGUCGUACGUCGAGUUUACCUUCGAACAACCAAACAGCGGCUGCAGUUGUUGACAAGAAGAAGCCGUUGUCGGCUCCACGAGAUGGCAGCCGCGCUAGACAAUGCAUCUCCCGCACGGAUAAGGACAUGUCGUCCCCCACUGGCGUGACGGUUGGCUUGAAAAAGGGAAGCAGUGCUGCUGCCACCGCAUCUGGGCCCUUGGCCCGAGGAAGCAAGCAAACUCUGCCAGGGAACAAUCAGCUCGAAAAGACCACCCCAACGGCCAAGAAGUUGCACGGGAUGCCGUCGGCGGCCUUGAACAAGCACAAACAAGCUGACCCGUGGAGCUCCAAGAAGAAAUCCAAAACGAACUUUGGCUCGUCGUACCAAGCGGGCAACAUUCCUUGCCGCAUCAACCAUGGUGGCAUCAAGAACAGCCUGCAGUGGAACACGCCCCCCGAAGAACUAGAUUACAACCCUCUAUUGGUCACAUGUUGCGAAGGGUUUCUCGAAACCGACCACCCGUUUGUGUUUCUUGCGCGACAAGGCUUUCAAGAUCUCAUGGGGGCCAACGGAGCCGACGACAAAGUUCGCCCGCUCCUGGGCAUGCUGAUUCCCCCAAUCCGUGGGGCCCUCAUGUCUUCAGACGACGAAGUUAUCACGGUGGCCCUCCAAGCAAUUCAAUCCGUAUCGGAAGCGGUGGGGGCAGACAUGAACGUGCAUUUGGCAAAGCUAAUCCAACAAGUGCAUCGCAAGUACACGAAUAAGGCGUUGAAGGGACCGAUUGACGCGACGUUGGCGGCUUUGGAGCGGAACGGGGGCACCGAAGCGUUGCGCAUCAUCCGCACCAAAAUACCUACCUAUGUGUCAUUAGUGUAGCUCAACACAUCGUGUUAUGCCUCCCAAGAUUCCUUCACCACGUUGGACACAACACCAUCAAGGCACAUGAUAGGUUUGACAGGCCAUAGUAAACAUGUACCA